AUGUUCACUCACCAUCAGAAGACGAUAAUUGUGGACAGUGAAAUUCUGGGAGGAAGAUCACAGAAGAGGAGGAUUGUGAGUUUUGUAGGUGGCAUUGAUCUUUAUGACGGGCGAUAUGAUACUCUAGAUCAUCCCUUUUUUUGUACUUUGGACACCGUUCAUCAUGAUGAUUUCUAUCAACCAAACUUUUUAGGCUCUUCAAUCAGAAAAGGCGGUCCCAGGGAGCCCUGGCAUGAUAUUCAUUGCCGCUUAGAAGGACAGUUGCUUGGGAUGUCCUAUAUAAUUUUGAGCAAAGUUUCUGGCUUCCCAGAAAAACCUGUUGCUGCUGCUGCAGUAGGUCUUGUUAACGGGAAAGAUAACAUCAUUGAUCGAAGCAUCCAGGAUGCUUACAUCCAUGCCAUUCGCCGAGCAAAUAACUUUAUUUACAUCAAAAAUCAGUAUUUUGUUGGCAGCUCGUACAAUUGGAAAUCAGACGAUAUUAAGGUUGAGGACAUUGGUGCAUUGCAUCUCAUACCAAAGGAGAUUUCUUUGAAAAUUGUUAGCAAAAUUGAAGCAGGAGAGAGGUUCACUGUCUACAUUGUAAUUCCAAUGUGGCCAGAGGGUAUACCUGUGAGCGGUUCUGUUCAAGCAAUUUUAGACUGGCAAAAGAGGACAAUGGAGAUGAUGUACACAGAUAUUGCUCAAGCCUUGAGUGCUAAGGGACUCACUGCAAACCUUAGGGAUACUUGA